UAAAACGCGCAUGCGCGCUCUUCGAAAUUCAAAAACAACAAGUUCUGAGAAUAUAUGUACUUCUCUCCCAUUCAGAUACACACCAUAGGAAUUUUUCAUCGCCUCGGUGCUGGGCGGACCAACAAUUUGUUUAUAGUCAAUUAAAAUGUGCUUGUGAAUCGUAAAAAAAAUACAUAAAUUACAAAAUGAAGUUUUUAAACUCAAUUGUGGCCGUAUUAGCUUUAAUCUGCAACGAAGUGGCGGGCCUAAAGUUGCAGGCAAAUGUUGGGGAGCUCUUCACCUACAAAAUCGAACCGCAACUCUUUAACUGGACACACCAGGUCAUCAGCCAGCAGUUUCGCUACAGACCCUCCCUGAAGAAUUACCCCGAUUUGCCCAGUUGGAUGCGAUAUAUGUAUAGCCACGAAUACCACGCCGGUUUCCUAUACGGAACUCCUCCGGCAUCGGCGGCUGGCAAGGAUCUGAGUCUGGAUGUGGUGGCCCUUAAUCGCCAGAAUUACGAAACCCGACGUGUUGUGGUCUCGAUGUUUGUGGCCCACAAGUUUCCCACUCCCAAUGUGGUGCAGAUGAAGAUAAACAACCUGAAUUGGGUGCACCUAAUGGAUCCCGGUAGAAGGGAGAAUUUACGCAAUAUAUUCCGCAACGAUUUGUGGCCGAAUAGCAAAGAGGAUUUGAGUGUGGUCUUCAUGGAGUCGGCUGUGAAUAUGGGAGGACGACUUCCGCUGCGACCCCAGCAACGCGAGGGGGUGAUUGUCCAUGUGGGCAGCUUUGCGCAGUUCUCACCCAGGCUGCAGGAACUCCAGGAGGAAGUGAGGCCCCUGUACAAACUGCCCUCGUGCACCUACAAGCGCACAUCCGUGCAGAAAAUCUUUGAGAAUGUGGGCUUCAAGCUGGACUGGUGCGCCUUUCGCAUGGUGGGAAUGGAAUCGCCCACGGAAAUCCUCUUCCACAGUGGCAAGCAAAACGAGCAGCAGAUGGCGGAGGAGGAUAAGGGUCAUAGGCAUGAGGAUCGCUGGUUGGGCAUCUCCAGGGAGGACGUACCCGUGCGCAAUUACAUCGAUGAAUUUGCCUUUGCCUUCGCCAUUCCGGGCAUGAUUUUAGCCAUUUUAAUCGGAAUGCUAUCCGCUGUUUUGUGCUUCCAGCACGAGAAGUUUUACGAUCCGCAUUCUGAGUUUUUCUUUGCCAACAUUUUCCACAUCUGCGAAGAGUCCUGUGCGCAAAGCGCGUCAAGCGAUUCUGGGGCGGAUGAUGGUUCCGAGAGCUCUUCCAACUCGGACUAUCCCAUGGCAUCCACUGUGCAGAUGGUCCAGUGUUCGGACAGCAUGUCCAAUCAACCCAUAACCACAUUGAAGAGCCUUAAGGAUCCCAAUUUUCUUCUGGACAACACUAGCAUGAGAUCUCAGAGGUGGGGCUGUAUUCAUAUCUCAAUCAUUGCACUCAUGUCUAAAUAUCUAUUUGUUUAUUGCAGUCCCAACAACAGCCUUUACCAGUUGGACUGCGGAAACUCCAGCAUCUAUGCCCGCCCCAAGCCGCCGCCGUACAAGGGCGGCACUUUGGGACGGAAUGGAGUGGACAUUUGACAAACAUCUCCCCGAGUGCUCUACUGCUGAAGGGCAUUGGAUCCGAACGUAUAUGAAUUCAAUAAGCAAUAUCGAGGAGCGUUAUAUCAAUUGCAUAAAUACUCAAACCUGCCGAACUAGACAAACCAUAUCGUAAUUAUCAUUUUAUAUAGAUAUGCAAGCAUUAAACUAGCCAAUUACUUUGCCAUUUAUGAAUAAAGGCAAUCAAAUAAAG